AAACAUCAUCAUUGGUUUAUCUUUUGAUUUCACAUAACUGACCCCAAUAAAAGAUCUGUAAAUAUGGCUGUUGGUGUGAUCAAAAGCAAGCAAAAACUUGCACCAGAGAAAGAACGUUUCUUACAAUGUUGUUCAGAUAUCACAUUGGAACUUAUAGAUUCAUUGAAAACAUCAAAAGAAAUCAAUUUGAAUGGUUUAAUCACUAAAAACUCCAAGAAAUACAAAUUAAAGUCCCAACCACGUUUGACAGAUGUUAUCAAUUCAAUACCUGAUCAAUAUAAGAAAUAUCUAUUACCAAAAUUGAAAGCCAAACCAGUUAGAACUGCUUCAGGUGUUGGUGUUGUUGCUGUUAUGUCAAAACCUCAUAGAUGUCCGCAUAUUUCAUUCACUGGUAACAUUUGUGUCUAUUGUCCUGGUGGUCCAGACUCUGAUUUUGAAUACAGUACACAAUCAUAUACAGGUUAUGAACCUACUUCUAUGCGUGCGAUCCGUGCUCGUUAUGAUCCUUAUGAACAAGCUCGUGGUCGUAUUGAUCAAUUGAAGCAAUUGGGUCAUAGUGUGGAUAAAGUUGAAUAUAUUGUUAUGGGUGGUACUUUCAUGUCUUUGGAUAAAGAAUAUAGAGAAAAUUUCAUCACACAAUUACAUAAUGCAUUAAGUGGUUAUAAUGGUACAGACAUUGAUGAAGCAAUUGCAUAUUCUCAACAAUCUUUAACUAAAUGUGUUGGUAUCACUAUUGAAACUAGACCAGAUUAUUGUACAAAGACCCAUUUGGAUGAUAUGUUGAAAUAUGGCUGUACAAGAUUAGAAAUUGGUGUUCAAAGUGUUUAUGAAGAUGUUGCAAGAGAUACAAAUCGUGGUCAUACAGUUAAAUCUGUUUGUGAAACUUUUGCCAUUGCUAAAGAUACCGGUUAUAAGAUUGUUAGUCAUAUGAUGCCUGAUUUACCAAAUGUUUGUAUGGAGAGAGAUUUAGCCCAAUUUAAAGAGUAUUUUGAAAACCCAGAUUUUAGAACUGAUGGGUUGAAAAUUUAUCCAACAUUGGUUAUUAGAGGUACUGGUUUAUAUGAAUUAUGGAAAACUGGUAGAUAUAAAUCAUAUAAUGCUAAUGCAUUGAUUGAUUUAGUGGCAAGAAUAUUGGCAUUAGUUCCGCCAUGGACAAGAAUUUAUAGAGUUCAAAGAGAUAUUCCAAUGCCAUUAGUUUCAAGUGGUGUUGAGAAUGGUAAUUUAAGAGAGUUGGCAUUAGCAAGAAUGAAAGAUUUUGGUACCAAAUGUCGUGAUGUUAGAACAAGGGAAGUUGGUAUUCAAGAGGUUCAUCAUAAAGUUCAACCUGAUCAAGUUGAAUUAAUUAGAAGAGAUUAUUAUGCAAAUGAAGGUUGGGAAACCUUUUUAAGUUAUGAAGAUCCAAAACAAGAUAUUUUGAUUGGGCUAUUAAGACUACGUAAGGCAUCAAAGAAACAUACAUACAGAAAAGAAUUUACAAAACAAAGAACUUCAAUCGUUAGAGAAUUGCAUGUUUAUGGUUCAGUUGUUCCAUUGCAUUCUCGUGAUCCAAGAAAAUUUCAACAUCAAGGGUUUGGUACAUUAUUAAUGGAGGAAGCUGAAAGAAUUUCUAGAGAAGAGCAUGGAUCUGAAAAAAUCAGCGUUAUUAGUGGUGUUGGUGUUCGUAAUUAUUAUUCAAGAUUAGGUUAUGAAUUGGAUGGUCCAUACAUGUCAAAGAGUCUGGUAUAGUGCUUUUCAAUCGUUAUUUAUUCAUGAUCUUGUACUUAAUUUGUAGUUUCACCAAAAAUUAUCCAUAUAUUUGUAUCUCAAACAUCUAUAAUACAAUUAAAUAAAAAUUAAUCAUUAAAAACAUAUUCUUGUUAAUUCCCAAGUUUAACAAACUCUUCCCAAGCUCUUGAACAAUGAUUCAAGAAUCUUUGUUUAUCUUCAUCAUCACCAAUUCUUUCAAAUCCGAAUCUAAAUACGUUAUUCAAGAUUUUCAACUCACC